CAGCACCAAAACCUUGGGAGUUCCUCAGAUGAAAGCCCUGCAAAAGCAGGAAAAACUGGUCCCAGUCCAAGCAGUUCCUGCAUGCCUCCCCCUGCAGCUUGGUUACAUUUUUCUCUGCCUCCCUGUGCAUUUUCUUGGAACAUUUCUGAGAGCUCACAACCCUGACUGCCCCAACAGGAGUCUGGAAGUAACUCCAAACUCCUCUGGGAGCAACACAGAGCUGUGGUGUAGCCAGGAGUGAUGCCCCAGAGGGCAGCCCAGCAGCUGAAGCCCAGCGCUCCCAUCAAGUUCCACAUCUCCAGCCGGACGGACAGCGGCGUCCACGCUCUGGCCAACGCCGCCCACCUGGACAUCCAGAGGCCCCCGGGCAAGGCAGCUUUCACUGCCCAGCAGCUCGUCCAGGGGCUGAACCACCACCUCAGGCCUGAGCCCAUCCGCAUCCUCAGUGCCCAGCGGGUUUCCAGCACCUUCCACGCCCGUUUCUGUGCCCUCUCCAGGACCUACAUCUACCGCCUGCUGCUGGGCUGUGCCCACCAUUCCCAAAUCCCCGUCUUCGAGCGGGAUCUGUGCUGGGCUCCUGCAGGAGGCCCCCUGGACAUCCCUGCCAUGAGGGAAGCUGCCCAGUUCCUGCUGGGCACCCACGACUUCAGCUCCUUCCGCUCGCUGCGCGCCGAGGCGGCGGCGCAGAGCCCGGUCAGGACCCUGCUGCAGCUGCAGCUCCAGCCUGGCCCCGGCUUCCUGGACCACCACUACCUGCACAGGGGACUGGAGUUCUGGGAGGUGAAGGUGAAGGGCAAAUCCUUCCUUUACCGACAGGUGCGGAGGAUGGUCGGGGCGCUGGUGGCCGUGGGCCGGCACAGGAUGGCCCCGGGCCAGCUGCGGGAGCUGCUGGAGCUGAGGGACCCGCGGGCGUUGCCCCCGCACGCCACGGCCCCGCCCGAGGGGCUCUUCCUGCAGCGCGUGGAGUACAGCCCGGCAGAUCUGACCUCUCCGAGUGGCCCAGCAGAAGAGGAGCUCUGUGGGCUGAGCAGGAAGGAAAUUAGAACACCUACAACAGAAAUUAUUAAUUAAACAAUUAGAAAAAAUUAGAACACCUACAACAGAAAUUAUAUCAUGAAUUAAACAAUUAGAAAAAAUUAUAACACCUACAACAGAAAUUAUAUCCUGAAUUAAACACUUAGAAAAACCA